AAUAUAAAGGAGACAGACUAAUCCUGUUAAUAAUAUGCAUGGACAAAAAAUAGAAGGAAAAAAGAUGCACAGGAAAUAACUGCUCGAAAACUACCAAUUUUAUUGGACAAUUCAGUUUCGCUCGCUUUUUGUUUUGUUUCGUAACGGCAAACAUUCAAAAGAAAAGUAAAUUCAAAAUCCGUAUCGACCUUGGUUGUUCGAAUGCACACUGCUCGAAAACGGUCGAGCAGCAAGGUUAAUACAACACUGAGGCGAAUGUCAGGUUUUGUUUUGGUGUUCUGCUAUUCAGCAAAAGGAAAAAAGAAUAGGGGAUCAUCAUGAAAUAUUAAUUACUCUGCCUAGAAGAAAGUUACCAGACGUUUGCUAACAGAGAGUUGAGCGAGUGUAGAAUUCGCCUAUCCUUAAGAAGUCAGAGAAAGCUUGCGGCGGCAUCAGCACUAGUGCACCAUUGCUGAGGACGGAGUGCUUGUUCCAUUGGAGUCAGUUUUUGGGGUCGUUCCGCAGCGACAAUGGCCUCCACGCCCGCCUACCACUGCAUUGUCUGCACGCUCACCAAAAUCCCGUUCGCGUCGCUGAGCAAGGAAAGCCAGCAGAAGAUCGUGCGGACGGGGCGACCGGUAACGCAGAUGCCCAACCUAACGUCCCGCUGCCUGAACUCGCUCAACCUGCACGUGACGGACUGGAUGACGGGCUGCGACCGGGACCGGAAGCUGUUCUGCUGGCCCUGCCUGCUGUUCAACACCACCGAGUACGAUGUGUGGGGCAAGCGGGGCUUUACCGACUUUGCCCGGCUGGCGACGGCCCGGGCGGAGCAUGAGAAAAACGCGUCCCACCACGCGAAAAGCAAAACGCUCAAACUGUGGAUCGAAACGGCUAGCGAUCAGAGCGACAGCAGCGGGGAGGAAGACGUCGAAUGCAUACCGGAGCUGGACUUUCUGAACAUGUCCGCGUCCGAGCUGGACGAGGAGAUCGACGUGAAGCCGAACGUGGAGGCGCUUAACGCGAGCAUUGCGUUCUCGCAGGCUGCCUUGGGUGUAACGCCCGUGGUGGAUCUGUGCGAAACGGCCAAGGACGGUAGCGGCCCGGUGGUGCACUUUGAGCCGGCGGCAAUCGUGGUGGAUUGUGAGGAGGAGGAUGAUGCGCCACCGAACGAGCCGGGCGGGCCGGGUGAAAACAGUCAGGCAAGCAAUAGCUCUUCGGUUGGUGCUGCGGCAAGUGUCGUUGGUGUCAGCAAAAGUGUGUCGUUGCAGGUGGAUGAUUUAGCGCGAAUUUACAAAAACGGCCAGCAGGACACAGCCGGCGAUAGCAUAAUGUCACACACGGCAUUACAAACCGGUGCGGAGAAAUAUCAGCUCAAAUGGCAUUCGCACUAUCAAAACAUGAAUGUGUCGCUAUCGAAUCUUUACAAAAAUGACCGUUACGCGGAUGUCAUGCUACUAACCUGCAACGGAGACGACAGCUAUACGAUACCUGCCCACAAGCUAAUACUCGGCACUUCCAGUUUGUACUUUGCCAACAUUUUCGACAAAACACCCGUACCGCUGAACGCGGUCACGUACAUAGUGCUUCCACCCGAUCUCACCUACCGCUCGAUGCAGAUUCUCAUCCAGUACAUGUACACCGGCGAGUCGACCGUUUCGACCGACGUCCUAAACGAAGUGCUUCGUGGUGGCGAAAUACUGAAGAUCCGCGGUCUGUGGCGCAACGAUUGCCCCAAACCGGCAACGGCUGCCGGUGACGCCAGCAGUGGCAGCAAUAGCAAAGAGCUGCCGCAGCACAUUCCGUCGAUAGAUGGGUUGGGUUCCGGUCGGUUCGUCAGCCCGGUCACCGUUGCCGUACCGCCAGGCACACAGCCCGCCCCGUUUGCGCCCCAUCACGUACUGUCAUCUGCCACCGGACCGCUAAUACACGUGAAGCGCGACAUGGCGAUCGAUCCGGGCGAAGUGCGUCCGGGCGAUGGUGCCCGUACGCGCUCACUGUACGCGGCGAAAAGCCAAGAAAUCGUUCACCAACGAACAAACGAAACAGCACAACCAUCGCUUCCCUUUCAAGAGCUUAGCGAGAACCACAGAAAAGAGCGUGAACAUCAGGAAAAGCAACAGCAAAUCGGGUCGAGCGCUUCCGGCGACUGUGCAACUGCACCCUCGAGUACGAACAAUGGAGACACUAACAGUACGGCGGCGAGCGUACCCGCGCAACGUGGCAGCAUGCCGCAAGUAUUAAACUUUCUGGGCGUAAAAGCCGAACCGGUCGAGUGGAGUGAUGUGCGAGCGGGCGAGCUAGCGAUGCCUGGGAAUGGUGAGCAGGCGCAAAGCAAGAACGACGGUCCCAGCGACCCAGCGAACCCGCCCAAGCUGAUCAAGUCGGAGGAGUGUAACGCGUCCUCGGCGACGGAUAAUUCGCGCUCUUCGUGCUCCUCCACCGAGCAGCCGACGUACUCGCCGCUAACGUGCGAGCUGUGCAGCGAAACGUUUACCAUUCCCGGCGAAUGGGUGCGCCACAUCGAGGGCCACAGCGACCCCUCUCAAACGCUGCCGAAACGAAGGCGUCGAGCGGAAGAGUCUGAAACCGCAGAUGAAACGGCCGCAUUACGGUGUGACUUGUGCGCCACGUUCUACGUCACGCCUGCGGACUGGGUACGGCAUGUGCAGAAUGCGCACACCGAAUCGGAACUGGCCGCCUGCAACAAACGUGUCUCGAAUCAUAAGCGCGCAGUUUCGUCCACCUCCCAGCAUUCUCCGACGGGGGCGGCAGCACCGGCAGCCGUCGGCGAUGGUGGCCCAGCGACGGUGGAGAAGCUGUGCAAUAUCUGCAAUAAAUCCUUCCCUUCCUAUGCCAGCAUGGUCAUCCACAGACGGACCCAUACAGGCCCUUACUGUUGUGACAUUUGUAAUAAGGGCUUCACAGUAAAAUCAAACCUCAUACGACACAUGCGAUCCGUGCACAGCCAGCCAGGAUAUCAGCCCGCUUCACCGCACACCGACCACGACAGUCAAACCUCUGAAUGAGCACUCCGCUUGGCUGAAGGGGACGGACCGUCCCUUACCGGGAUGGUAGUAGGCGGGCAGUUUGUACAGUGAUUGCUUUUUUUAUAUAUACAUAAAUUAUUACUAGACGUUAAAAAGCGUAGGUUUACGUAUUCAGUAAUGAAUAGCCGGUAUGUAUGGAGCAAGUGUGUACAACGAUUGAUUUUAAUAAUUUAUAAAAUUUACUAAUGGCAAUAACAUUAAACAAACGCUAUCGGAAGAGUAUUGUUUCAAAUA